AUGACUGAUGUCCUGAAAAUCAGUUCAGCAGCUGGAAACGAAGCAGAAGCCCUGGUGGAAUGGAAAUCCAGCUUAUCUUCUGCUUCUGUACUUGAUUCUUGGUCUCUGAACAACGCCGGAAAUCUUUGUACUUGGACAGGCAUUGAAUGCAGCAGGACGGGGACAAUUACUGGGAUCAAUCUCUCUGGGGCUGAUCUCCAUGGAACCCUUAAUCAACUUGAUUUCAGCUCGUUACCAAAUGUCACCGUUUUCGACAUCAGCAAGAACAGUUUUCUUGGGCUCAUUCCAUCUGCCAUUGGUUUAGUUCCAGAUUUUCUCAGUAACUGGACUGGAUUGGUUUCAUUGCAGUUACAGAACAAUAGUUUCACUGGAAGAAUUCCAGCUGAAAUUGGACUUUUGACUAAACUCAACUUUCUUUUCCUGUACAAAAACCAGUUCUCUGGACUUAUCCCUCCAGAAAUUGGAAAGCUGCAGAAUUUGAUAGAGUUAGACAUUUCUGAAAACCAGCUUUCUGGUCCAAUACCUAAGACAGUUGGGAACCUCACAAAUCUUCAAAGAUUCCAACUUUUUUCAAACAAUUUAAGCGGAACAUUACCUCCAGAAAUUGGAAAUAUGACUGCAAUUGUACAUUUUGAUUUACAGAAUAACAGUUUCACUGGAAAAAUACCAGCUGAAAUUGGCUUUUUGACUAAACUCAACUAUCUUUAUCUGUACAAAAACAAGUUCUCAGGAACUCUCCCUCCAGAAAUUGGCAACCUGCAAAAUUUGUUAGAGUUGGACCUUUCUGAAAACCGGUUUUCUGGUCCAAUACCCAAGACAGUUGGGAACCUCACAAAUCUUCAAAUCUUCCAACUUUUCUUAAACAAUUUAAGUGGCACAUUACCACCAGAAAUUGGAAAUAUGACUGCACUUCAAUCCUUUGCUCUCAACAAUAAUAACUUCUCUGGGCCAUUGCCUCUGUGCUUGAAGAAUUGUUCCAAAUUAACUAGACUAAGUGGCAAUGAACUGACGGGUUCACUUUCACCUGAAUGGGGUCAGUACCAAAAGCUCACAAAUCUACGGAUGGAUGGUAACCGGAUAUCUGGCCCUAUCCCACCUGAACUUGGCAACUUGUCAGCAUUGCGUCUUCUUAACUUGGGAUCAAAUGAAUUGACUGGUGAGAUUCCUACUGAACUCGGGCAUUUAUCCGUGCUCUUCAAUCUCAAUUUGAGCAAUAACCAGCUAGCAGGAGAGAUACCUCAGAGCAUUAGCAAUUUGACAAGGCUACAAUAUCUCGAUUUAUCCUCAAACAAAUUGAGUGGAAGCAUCCCUGAAAUGCUAGGGAAUUAUCCAGGUUUGUUGUCUUUAAAUUUGGGCAACAACAAAUUGUCAGGAACAAUUCCUUCCGAUUUAGGAAAGCUUUCUGUGUUGGAGAAUCUGAAUCUGUCACAUAAUGACCUUUCUGGUAGAAUUCCAUCAGCAUUAUCUAGCAUGGUCAGUCUGCAGACAAUUGACGUUUCUUACAAUAAGUUGUCUGGUCCAGUUCCAAUGGGUGCUUUCCAGACAGCACCAGCCACUGCUUUUCUUGGAAACUCUGGCUUAUGUGGGAAUGUACAAGGACUAGCCACAUGUUCUUCAUCUGAUAUCAGUCCCCCGAAGUCAAGCAAAAGCAACAGAAAGAUUCUUAUUGCUUCCAUUGUCCCAUCUGUGUGUCUCAUUCUUCUAGCAACCACCGUAGCCGUGUGUUGCAUCUUGCAGAAAAGGGAGAAGUCAAAUGAUGAAGAGACCAGAAGUUCCCAAAGAUAUGAGAGUGUUGAAUCUCUCAUAUGGGAAAAAGAAGGCAAGUUCACAUUCAGUGAUAUCGCGAAAGCUACUGAAGAUUUCAGCGAUUAUUAUUGCAUUGGGAAGGGAGGAUUUGGUAGCGUGUACAAAGCAGCUUUGCCCAACGGUCAGAUUGUAGCAGUCAAAAGACUCAAUGUUUUGGACUCUAAUGACAUUCCAUUGACAAGUCGUCGAAGUUUUGAGAAUGAGAUUCGAACUUUAACAGAAGUCCGUCACAGGAACAUCAUCAAGCUUCAUGGAUUUUGCUCUAAAUGGGGCACCAUGUAUUUGGUUUAUGAAUACAUUGAAAAGGGAAGCUUAGGCAAACUUCUGUAUGAUGACCAGAAGGCAACUGAACUGGAUUGGAGUAAGCGAGUGAGAAUAGUACAAGGCCUGGCUCAUGCGCUGGCUUACUUGCACCAUGAUUGCUCCCCACCUAUUGUUCAUAGAGAUGUAUCAAUAAACAACAUUCUGCUCGAGUCAGGAUUUGAGCCACGGCUUUCUGAUUUUGGCACAGCAAAGCUGCUAAGUUCAGAUUCAUCCAACUGGACUACUGUUGCUGGCUCUUACGGCUAUAUGGCACCAGAGCUCGCGCUAACGAUGCAAGUUACCGAGAAAUGUGAUGUGUACAGCUUUGGAGUGGUGGCACUGGAAGUAAUGAUGGGAAAGCAUCCAGGAGACUUGAUGAUUUCCUUAUCAUCUGCAACAAAAUUGUCAAAUCCUGAUACAUAUUUGAAGGACAUUCUUGACCAAAGGCUCCCACCGCCUUUUGGGAAUUCAGCUGAGGAAGUAGUGUUUCUUGUUACUUUAGCUUUGGCGUGUACUCGGACCACUCCAGAAACGCGCCCAACCAUGCGUUUUGUUGCUCAAGAAUUAUCAGCAAGCACCCAGCCUUACCUUCCAGAACCCAUAGGAUCAAUAACCAUUACUGGAAUUAAUAACUUUACCUGGUCAUCUUUGACUUAUUUAAUGUUUGAUGCAUGUUUUGAAUUAUCGGCAAUAACUGACAACACCAACCAUAUUCAAGAUGAUCAAAGUACAUUAAAGUUGGUAUCCACUUCCUCCAAGAACCUCAACUCAAGCACACUUGUCAACAUGAUGGACAUGAAAAGAGCACUAAAUAUCAAGAGUAUCAAUACCUCAGUCCAAAUCCACCCCUGGAUAUGGGUCGGCCCAAUCACCCUGUCUAAGGUCCAACUGUCUAUGAAGAAUGAUUACUCUACAAUUGAGUUCCACCACCAGGCCAGAGGCGCAAUUCCAGGCAUCGUCACCAACUAUUUUUUGGCAAAUGUGGGUAAUGAUGAUGACAAAUUAUUUAACCUUGAUAUCCAAGAAAAUAACUUUUCUCACUGUAUAAAGUUAAAACCCACAAAAUUAGCUAAUCAUGUAAGAUCAGCUGCCUUCCUUGGUCUUCUACAUUUCCUAAUCUUUUUCUCUUUUCAUUUGUUAAAAAUUAGCUCAGCAGCUGGAAAUGAAGCAGAAGCUCUUGUGAAAUGGAAAACAGGCUUAUCUUCUCCUUCUGUUCUUGAUUCUUGGUCUCUCAACAAUUCCAGAAAUCUUUGCAACUGGACAGGCAUUACAUGCAGCAGGGCAGGAACAGUUUCUGGGAUCAAUCUCUCUGGGGCUGAUCUCAAUGGAACCCUUGAUCAUCUUGAUUUCAGUUCAUUUCCAAAUGUCACCGUUUUCGACCUCAACACGAACAAUUUUGAUGGGGCCAUUCCAUCUUCCAUUGGUAAUCUCUCCAAGCUUGUUUACUUGGACUUGAGCAAGAAUUUGUUUGAGGAUAUCAUACCUGUGGAGAUUAGCUUUCUGAGAGAGUUAAGGUACUUGAGCUUGUUCGACAAUUAUUUCAAUGGUUCCAUUCCUUAUCAAAUUGGAAACCUUCAAGAGCUAAGCAUUUCUUACAAUGAACUCACUUUGGGAUUUCCAGAGUUCAUAACAAGUUGCCAGAACCUUACCUUUCUGGACUUGUCUCUUAACCAUUUGACUGGCCAAAUUUCCCCAUCUUUAUUUACCAAUUUGGUUAAUCUUAAGUAUCUGAACCUCACUGACAAUCAUUUUCAAGGGCUGCUGUCACCAAAUUUUACCAAUCUGUCAAACCUGAAGGAUCUUCGGAUUCCCAGUCUUGUCAUUCUUGAAUUGUACAACAAUCAAUUGGAAGGUAACAUCCCAUCAUCCUUAGGGCAGCUUAGAAACCUUGAGCUUCUUGAUCUCAGGAUGAAUAGCCUGAAUUCCACUAUUCCUUCUGAGAUUGGCCUUCUCACUAAUCUCUCUCACUUGGCUUUGGCUAUGAAUUCGUUUACAGAUUCUUUGCCUCCGUCAUUCUCCAAUUUGGUCAAGUUGUCUGAUCUGGGAUUGUCUGAUAAUAGCCUUUCUGGUGAAAUAUCGCCUUAUUUCAUAGAAAUUGGAAAGCUGCAGAAUUUGAUAGAGUUAGACCUUUCUGAAAACCAGCUUUCUGGUUCAAUACCUAAAACAUUUGGGAACCUCACAAAUCUUCAAACAUUGUCUCUCUUUACGAAUCAAUUUUCUGGUGUCAUUCCCAUGGACUUGGGGAGAAACAGCCCUUCACUAGCUAAUGUCAGCUUUUCAAAAAACAGCUUCUCUGGUGAACUGCCAUCAGGAAUAUGUAGUGGAUUUGCACUUAAGGAAUUCACUGUGAUUGACAACAAAUUUUCGGGGCAACUGCCUCUGUGCUUGAAGAAUUGUUCCAGAUUAGUUAGACUAAGGUUGGAAGGAAACAACUUUACUGGGAAUAUGACAGAGAUAUUUGGGAUGGAUGGUAACCGGAUAUCUGGCCCUAUCCCACCGGAUCUUGGCAACCUGACAGCAUUGCGUCUUCUCAACUUGGGAUCAAAUGAAUUGACUGGUGAGAUUCCUACUGAACUCGGGUAUUUAUCCGUGCUUUUCAAUCUCAAUUUGAGCAAUAACCAGCUAGCAGGAGAGAUUCCUCAGAGCAUUAGCAGCUUGACAAAGCUACGAUAUCUCGAUAUAUCCUCAAACAAACUGAGUGGAAGCAUCCCUGGAGUGCUGGGGGAUUACCCAGGCAGAAUUCCAUCAGAAUUAUCUGGUAUGGUUAGUCUACAGAUGAUUGACAUUUCUUUCAAUGAUUUGUCCGGUCCAGUUCCCAUCGGUACCACAUUCCAGACAGCACCAGCCACAGCUUUUCUUGGAAACUCAGGCUUGUGUGGGAAUGGAAAAGGACUAGCUAACUGUUCUUCAACGGAUUUCAGUCCCAGGAGUUCUAGGAAAAGCAGCCGAAAAAUUCUUAUUGCGGCCAUUGUUCCAUCUCUUUCUGUUCUUCUUCUGGCAACCAUAGUAGCUGUGUGUUGUAUCUUUCAGAAAACGAAGAGGCUAAAUGAUGAAAAGAGCCGCAGUUCCCAAAAAUAUAAGAGUAUCGAGUCUCUAAUAUGGGAAAAAGAAGGUAAAUUUUUAUUCAGUGAUCUUGAGAAAGCUACUGAAAGUUUCAGAGAACUUAUAACGUGGCUAUCAUCUGUGACAAGAUUUUCGAGCUCUGAUAUUCUUUUGGAGGACAUUUUUGAUAAAAGACUGCCUCUACCAUCAGGGAAUUUGGCUGAGGAAAUUGUGUUUGUAGUCAAUUUAGCUUUAGCAUGCAUUCGAACAGCUCCAGAGACGCGGCCAACUAUGCGUUCCAUUGCUCAAGAAUUAUCUGCUAGCAUCCAGACUUACCUUGCUGAACCAGUUGGAUCAAUAACAAUUAGUAUGCCUACAAAUUAUCAGAGAUAGUGAUAUGUGGCAGUGUAACUAGCUGACCAUUUUUAGUUAAUGGUUGUUUUAUAUGUAACUGGAAUUAAUAACUCG